AUAAAAAUAACAUUAUUAGAAUUUGCGAUAAUGAGCAUAGUGGAAGAGGCUAGCCUUAAAAAGUGGGGAGGCAUCAUGAAGGGAUGGAAAAAGAGACACUUCAUCUUAACAGAGGAUUGGAUUGGCUAUUGCAAAGAUUUCAAACAGAUCAAACUGGGGAAAACCACCAAAUUAAAAGCUGAGAAAGAUAAAAUUCUCCAGAUUAGCCGAGAUAAAGACAGCAUGAGCCUUAAGUUCAGCUCAAAUUCUGAAAAAUAGUCAUUGGGAAGCUUCUCUUAAAGACUUGAUUAAAAAUGCAGUUAAUCACAGGAGAUCAGUAAAUAGUGACAGACACAUCAAGAAAGAAAUAGAAAUUAGAACAAUGCAAAACAAAAGACCGAUUAAGUCAAAUCAGCUUAAACUAGAAGAGCAAUUUGAUAUACUUCGCAGUACACUAGAUAGGCUCUCCCAGAACAUCACCAAGAAGAAGGUUGAUGCAAAGGCUUGCAUAGAUCUCACCCAGCAGUUAUCUGUAGGUAUAGAUGAUCUCGAAGCAGCAUGCCUUAAAAAGAGCAUACUCGUAUCCGCCUCUGAAGAGAAGAAGGAUCAAAGCAUGAACUAUGAAGUGAAGGAAGACGAUCUCUUUACAACUACAAGAAACAGGGUUCAAACCAUCACUGAUUUUGAAGGUCGUGGAAUGGAAGAAGAGAAGAAGCAAAGGAAUAAUUCUGGAUCUCGCCCAUGACGUAAUAAACCCGAUGAUUUAAUGACAAAUGAUAGAAAUGGCUAUACACAGCUCAAGAAAAAGAAAUCUGUCCAUUUUGAAGAGUUUAAAGGCUAUGAUGUUACAACUGAAAGCAAACCUCGAAAGGAAUAUUCCCAAAACGACUCUGAUUGUGACUCUGACGGUCUUGAGUUCUAUGAUGCUGUAGACCAUAUCAUAUAUGAAGAACUUGAGAAAACCAUGAGGGAGGAAAAAUAAAAAGAGAAGGGAAACUGUUAUGAUCCAAGAUGAUCAAAGAACCACUUUACCAGCUCUUAAGCCCAAGUCAUCUAUUAAUAUCUUUAAGAUCUUAAAGGACUCCAUUGGCAAAGAUUUAACGAAAUUCUGAGUUCCAGUUUAUUUUAACGAGCCUAUUUCGAUGCUCCAAAAAGUGGGAGAAAUGAUGCAAAAUGAGAAUCUUUUAGCAGAAGCUUCUGUUCAGACUGAUCCACUCCUUAGGAUGGUCUAUGUUUCUGCCUUUCUAAUAGCACAAUAUGGAGGCACUCAAUUUAGGUGAUCGAAACCAUUCAAUCCUGUUCUUGGAGAAACUUUUGAAAUGAAGUCUAAUAAUUGGAAAUAUAUAUCAGAACAAGUCAGUCACCAUCCUCCAAUCUCAGCAGCUUAUGUUGAUGCAACUGGAUACGAGCUUUGGAUGAACUCUCAUCUGAAGACCAAAUUUUGGGGGAAAAGCCUUGAAUUCAAGCCUCUUGGAGGGAUGCACUUCAAGUUCAAGGACAACGAUCAUCAUUUUGUGUCCAACAGGCCUAAUUCUGCAUGUCAGAACAUCAUAAUUGGAAGUAUGUACAUUGAUCAUAAUGGAGAUUGAGUAGUUCUAAACAAAAGUACUGGAGAUAAAGCAGUUGUGUCCUUCAAAUCUUUAGGCAUGUUCUCAAGUAAAAAGAACCAGGGUAAAAUCUCAGCCAUUAUCUCAGAUGCUAGUGACAACAAGGUCUACGAGGUCUUUGGAAAAUGGACUGAAUCUCUCUUCUAUAAGAAAUAUAAAGACAAAGAUAAAGAUGGGAUAAAGAUAUGGGAAUUCCCUGAAAUUCCUAAAGAUUGGGAGAAAAUAUACCAUUUCACCGACUUUACACUACAACUAAACCUUCUACAGAGAAAAUUGGAAGACAAACCUGAUCAAAGAAUGCUCGAGGAAGGAGAACUCAAGCAAGCCAAUGCUGAAAAGCAAAGACUCGAAGAAAAGCAGAGAAGGAGAAGAAAAAGAAUGGAAGCAGCAAAUGUAAAGUAUAAACCAAGGUACUUCUAUGAGUACGAAGAGCCAGAUCCAACUGAAGCUGAGAAGGGAUGAGUUGAAUACCGUUUUCUCGGUAAUUACUGGGAUGAUCGUGAGGCAAGGAAUUGGGAUGGCCUUCCAGAUCUAUUCGGUCCAGAUACUCCAGAAAACUCUGAUGAAGAAGACUAAUAUUAUUCAAUCCUAUUAGCUUUUAAU